AUGGGAUCCACUGCGGAAGUCACCGCGACGACUACGGUUCCUGCGCAAAGGUCCACCGUGGAUCAAAAUGUCGAGACUCAGCAUGUUGAGGUCUUGCCAGUCGCCUACGGCUCCAUAUGGCACCACCGCAAGGGCUUUGGCAUCGCUUGUCUUGCGUGUCUGGCCACUACUCAGUACGGUAUGGACUAUGGAUUGCUCGGUGGUCUGCAGGCCAUGCCAGGAUUCCUUAAGGUAUUCGGAUACGAAGAUCCUACCUCAGCAAUCGGCUGGGGAAUCGACAGCACCGUGCAACAACUGAUCAACUCACUUAUGACCGUCGGUGCGUUUGCCGCGUGUCUCUGUGUGGGACCCCUGGGCAAGUAUAUAGGACGUCGAGCGGCGUUAUUCCUGGGCUGCAUUUUGAACCAUGUAGGUGCAAUUCUCAUGUUGGCUUCGACUGAAUUUGCCGCCCUCUACGCCAGCCGUGUUAUCAUUGGCCUUGCAAAUGGUCUUUUCAUGGUUGAAACACAGCUCUACAUCCAAGAGACUUCUGUGCCACAACUCCGUGGUGCUCUCCUAGGAAUGUACCAAUUCUGCAUUGCACUUGGAAGCAUCCUGGGGUCGGUUGUCGACAACUACACAGCGGCCCGCCCGGACCGUUCGUCCUACUUGAUACCCUGUGGCUGUCUACUAAUCAUUCCGACUUUCCUUAUGUUGAUCCUGGUAUUCAUGCCGGAGACUCCUCGUUGGCUGAUCGACCACGACCUCCACGACCAGGCUCGCAAGAGCCUGGUGACGCUUCGGCCGUCAGACACGACUAAUAGUAUGAUCCAAGCCGAGCUGAACGAAAUGGUAGAAGCCGUUCGCAUCGAGCGCUCGCUAGCAAAGGGCAUUAGAGUGGCAGAUAUGUUCCAUGGCACCAAUAAACGUCGUUCGAUCCUCUCCAUCUGCCUAGUCCUCUCGCUCUCGGCCACCGGCAAUCUCUUCUUCCUCGUCUAUGGUACAUAUUUCUUUGCCAUUGCCGGCGAGAACAAACCUUUCGAAGAAAGCGUGGGUAUGAACUGUGCCGGUUUGGCGGGAGUUCUCAUCUCGCUGUAUGUGAUCACCAGAGUUGGACGACGCUUUCUUUUGCUCCUCGGUGCAGCGGGGCAGGGUAUUUGCAUGCUCAUAAUCGGCGCUACCUACAGUUCAGGCGACAACUCCCUCGCCGCCAGCCGUUGUCUAGUUGCUUUUGUCAUCCUCCACAUCUUUAUCUACACCAUGUGCACAGCUCCAUACCUCUACUUGGUGGCUGGGGAGAUCCCCUCUAACAGAUUGAGGAGUUUCACCCUGGGCAUUGCCAACGCGAUCGGUUUCCUCGGAGCGUGGCUCAUCUCUUUCACCGUUCCGUACUUCAUCAAUCCACAGGAUCUCAACUGGGGUCCGAAAUACUCGUGGAUUUGGUUUGGGUCCAACUUUGCCUACUUCAUUUUCAUAUUUUUCUUCAUGCCCGAAACUAAGGACCGCACGUUGGAAGAGAUUGAUGAAAUGUUUGAGAAACGCGUGCCGGCUCGGAAGUUCAAGACUUAUGUCUGCACGGACACCAAUGAUGCCAGGCUCGCUGGAUCCGUCGCAGCACAGCAGGCCGAGGAGAAGCCGCGGGGGAGCCAUGCUGAAGUUGUGGCCUGA